AAAUCACAAAAAUCCAACGAAUAGAAAGAUUUAUAACAGGUUAUGACAAUACUGGCGAUGCAAACAUAUUAAUAUUCGAUGAUCAAAGUGACUUUAAUACUGAUGACUUAACUUUUUUAAGCCCAUAUAAUAUUAUGCGUUCAGGACUACAUAAUACAAAUUUUGUCGAUAAUGCCAUGCUUUAUUUAUAUUUAAAAAAUAAAUUUAAUAAAAAAAAACCAUCGUACUUUCAAAAAAAGGCUGAAAUCCUAGAUUAUAAUCAAGAUGAACAAACCCGAUUCUCCAACUCAAAAAAUGAUUUUUUCUCGAACAAUGUUGAUUAUUCAGUCCUUGACUCUUUUUUACAAAUCUUUGGCUAUGCUUUUUCUGAAGAGAAUAUCAGCGAAGCAAUUGAACAACUUCGAAAUGGAAAGGAAACAAAUGAAAAUGAUGGUGUGAUUGCUAAAUUUAAAGAUUGG